AGUAAAUAUACAUACACACACGCAAGCAGCAGGCGAAGAGGAGCACUGUGGGUCACAAAAAUGGUCCAGUAGGAGAGGAAGAUGCCUGUUACGAGUCAGAGCAGUCCCUGUCUGUGGACGCAGAUCCCUCAGAGUGGCCGGUCGCCAUGUGACCGCUACAAGCACGCCUGCUGCAGCUAUGAUGGACAUGUUUAUGUCCUGGGAGGCAGAGAAAACAGCUGUGUGAAGGACCUCUGGAGGUACAGUGUAGUAUGUAACGAGUGGACAGAGUUGAGCUGCAAUGGUGAAGCUGCACCAGAAGAGCUAGAGGAACAUUCUAUGGUGGCGUAUGAGGGCUUCCUCUAUGUGUUCGGUGGCAUGUUGGAUUCUGCAUACACCAAGUACAAAUGUGCCCUGUGGGUGUUUGACAUUGGGAAGCAGAAGUGGACUCCUUGCCAGGGAAAGACAAGCUCCCCUCAGAGGCAAAUGCCAACCAACAGAAAAGGACACAGUGCUGUGGUGGUUGGCUCUGCCAUGCUGGUGUAUGGAGGUCUCGUGGACAUGAAGGGGUCUUCACAGGACUUUUGGAGUUUGGAUUUUGACACUAUGACUUGGUCUCUGCUGAGUACAUUGCCGCAGAAUUCGCUAGGCCCCGGACCCAGACACAGUCACUCAGCCAUGGUCUACCAGGACUGCAUGUACCUGUUUGGGGGCCUGAAAGGCCUGCGUGAGCAGAGAGACUUCUGGAAAUGGAAUUCAAGCAACCAAAUAUGGAGUUCCCUUAGAACCAAGUCUGGUCCCACGAGGCUGAUGGGUCACUCAGCUGUGGCCUACAAAGACAGCAUGCUUCUCUUUGGUGGUGGCUUGAGCCAGAGCAGUCCAAAGAACAGUCUGUGGAGGUACAGCUUCAGCACUCAGACCUGGAGCCAGGUCGCUACACUCCCGGGCUCCAGCGCCCCAGACAAGAUCCACCACUGCUGUGCUGGACUUGGUCCUAGCUACAUGUUGGACACAAGCAGCCCGUCGUCCAGCUCUGGAUGCCAAGCGAAGCAACUCAGGCCCUUCAAGAACAAGUGUUUCCCAGCAUCGCUAACUUAUCUAGGAUCAGAGGGAGGCAUAGAGCUGGAGACAUUUAGCAUGGAGAAGUGCUACAGCAGCAAAACACUCCAAGCAGCCUCAAAGCUGGACAGAGAGGUUUUGAUGGGAAACGAGGAACAACGGAUUAGCUACUGUUUGACUUUUGAGAACAAAGCAUUCAGUAAACAGUGGAGCUGCACAGAGGAAGAUCUGCUCAACCAGGAGGACAGCGAUAUCGUCCAGCACCUGCCUGAUAUGCUGCUGGUCCUCGGAGGAAGACCCUGCACCAGUCAUGGCCCCAUAUCCAUGUGGCAGAUGACUCUUACUGACUCAUAGCAAACUGGGAGAAAGACAACUUUUUUUCAUGUAAGCUGAUGAAAAAAACAAAACAGUGUUAUAGUCUCACUUUGUUUACCUACGCUCUUGUAAAUAAUCAAAUAACUGAAUAUAUUUCUAUAUACUUGUGCAGUCGAUUAUGAAUGAUGUAUUUCUAACACUUAUCUUUUUUGUAGUUCUUAAAUAAAGCUUUAGAGCAGUAUGUUCUAAUAAGUGCAUGUAAUUAAUAAUGGAUCAGAUGCCUCCACUUCCUGCCAUUGUAGUCAAACUAUGCCAAAAUACUGCAGAAACAUGCUCUACCAUCCAGUAAUGAUCAUCUAGUGCUGAUACACACACUCUUGACCAUCAUGAGUCAGGUCUUAGCUGUCAAACGUGUUGUAUCACCCUGUUUUUAUUGCACUAAACAACCAAACAUGAAGACUUGAGCGUACAUCAUGAUGGCAAAACACACUUAAAAUGGCAGAAACUGUAUUUGAGCAAGAAAUGUUAAAGCUACUCUCAGUGAUGUUGUCCUUUGGCUAACCUCCUGUCCAUUUCUACCAUUAGCACAACCCUCCCUAUGUCAAUCAUGAGCAUGGUUGGUGAGUGGCUAGGGCAUUUAUUAGUUGUAUAAAUGUAUAGUUUCGGACAGUUCUGAAUCAGUGAUGUUUACUACCAAUUUAAUGUAGAGAGACAAUGGACAAACACAGUACAUAGAGAGGUAUGUGACAUAGAAAGAUGAAGCGAUAAAUACAGUAAAACACAAAAUAAAACAACACAAAACCAGGCAGAAAAAACACCACUAACAUUUGGGAGUUUGGUUUAUAGGGUUUGGGUGCUUUUCAGUUUUGUAAGAGAGAACUUGUCUAUAGUUAUUUGAAUUGUUUGGUUUUGUUUAAUUUAAUAUUAUUUUUUUAACAUAUGGUACAAACCAAAAGGUGAAGUUCUGAAAAUAUGGUUAAAGACUUUAUCUCCACAACUCUAUCGGCUCUAAGUUUGGCAGACAAAACACAGGAAAGAUGCUCCCACACACACACACACACACACACACACACGGCUGAAGAACUGUGACUUCUCACAUGAGGAUUCCCUGCUAUAUUUGCAGCUGUAGCAGCAGUGAAGGAUAUCUAUGCCCUCUAGUGUCUUACACACGCAACAACAGUUAUGUCCGCACUGCUACUACUCACUUAUUGACUUAUUCCCCUUUCAUGCUCUCUCUUGAAGCAAUCUAACCAAGACAUGUGAAAAACAAUACAAAAUAAGAAUAAAAAAAACA